AUGAUCUCGCAGAAGCUGUCGUACGGCGACGUGCCGACGUCCGCGUCGCUGUCUUCACUAUCGCCGGGCCUCGCGCCACCCUACGUGAAUGGCAUGGGCUGUAUGCCAGCCCAGCCGUACCCGAAUCUCUACACCAAUAACAUGGUCGCGGGCGGCUCGUGCAUGGGAUCGCCGGGCGUCGGUUACUCGCCGCCCAGCACCAUGGCAUCGUGUAUGGGCGGCGGCGGUGCCGUACCUUAUGGUACUCUUCCCCGGGAGCAGGAAGCUGCUUCACCGACCUCAGCAUUGCAACGCGCCCGGAAUGACAAGACUUACCGUCGCUCCUACACGCACGCUAAGCCGCCGUAUUCCUACAUAUCGCUGAUCACUAUGGCCAUCCAGAAUAACCCAUCGCGAAUGCUCACUCUCUCGGAAAUUUAUCAAUUCAUCAUGGACCUAUUUCCGUUCUACAGACAGAAUCAGCAACGCUGGCAGAACUCUAUACGGCAUUCACUUUCGUUCAAUGAUUGUUUUGUUAAAGUACCGCGCACCCCCGACAAACCGGGUAAAGGUUCAUUCUGGACUCUACAUCCCGAUAGCGGGAAUAUGUUCGAAAACGGAUGCUUCUUGCGACGACAAAAACGAUUCAAAGAUGAAAAGAAGGAAUCUCUCCGCCAGGCACAAAAAGCUGCUCAAACUCAUGGACAUCACGGUGGCGGUCACGACAAACGAGAACAUGGUCAUGAAAAGUCUGGCGGAGGCGCUGGUACUGGCGAAGAGAAAGAGAUGCGCGACGAGUUGCUUGCACAGCUGCACGCGGCGCCAGAGCUCUGCUUGCCCGAGCACACACCACUUGCUCUAGAGCAUUAUGCGCAGUUGAAACAGGAACCUACAGGAUACGCUCCUGCGCCGCAUCCAUUCAGUAUCACUCGGCUGCUGCCAGGCGCUGACACGAAAUCUGAUCUAAAGAUGUACGACGUGAACUAUGGAUAUGGACAUGCGCCGGCGGACAACUACUACCAGUCGCCGCUCUACCAUCAUCACGCGCACGCGCACGCGCAGCCGCCCUUG